AAGGCAGAGGAUAGAAGUAUUAUAAGAGAUGAAUUACGCGCCAUUCUCUUCUCUUUCCUACCUUCUAUCCAUCAUUAUUCAUCCUCGAUCUCCCGACAACAAAAAACACUCAAAAUUUACAGCAUGGAAAUUGUUACUUCGUCUGUUAGUUCAAUUUCUGAAAUUAUUUUCAGCCGCUUGUUCGAUGCAGCAGGACGUCAGAUUGGCUACCUGCUUAACUACAAUGACAACAUCGAAGCAUUACGAAAUCAAGCUCAGCAACUCAAGGCUACCAGAGACAGCAUGCAAUUGAGAAUUGAUGCUGCUCAAAGAAACAGAGAAAUUAUCUUACCUGAUGUCCAAAGCUGGAUAUCUAAAGUUAAUGAUGUCUCUGCAGAAGCAGAAAAGUUUUUUGAAGAUGAAGGCAACGUGAACAAGAUGUGCUUCAAAGGGCGGUGCAUUAAUGUCCGAUCGCGUUACCGGUUCAGCAAGGUGGCAAAGCAGAAGAUAACGGUGAUCACUCAGCUCCAAGAAGAUGGAAAUUUUCAAACUCUAUCUCAGCCUGCUCCUCCUCCUUCAAGCAUUAUCAUUCCAACUGUUGGAUUUUCUGGAAUUUUUGAAUCCAGAGAAUCAAUCAAGAAUGAAAUUAUGGAGGCCUUGAAAGAUGACAAGGUCAGCAUAAUUGGAAUAUGUGGGCUGGGGGGUGUGGGUAAGACCACACUAGUGAAACGAGUUGGCAAACUAGCUGAAGAAGAAAAGUUGUAUAAUUCAGUAGUUAUGGUAGUUGUGUCUCAAACCCCAAAUAUCAUGAAUAUUCAAGGAGAAAUUGCUCACAAGCUAGAUCUGAAAUCAUUAUCGGAUUGUCCUGAAUCAGCACGAGCAAGUUCCUUGUGGCAGAGAAUUAAGGAGGAGAAACGAAUCCUCAUAAUAUUGGAUGAUGUUUGGGGAAAAAUUAAAUUGGAGGAGAUUGGUAUUCCUUUUGGGAAGGACCACGAAGGUUGUAAGAUUGUGCUUACCUCUCGAAGCAAAAAUGUGCACGAUGAAAUGGAUUGUGACAAAACAUAUAUAGUCAAAACUUUAUCAAAAUGGGAAUCGUGGGAGCUAUUCAAGGAGCUCGUUGGAAUGGAUGUUGAAAAUUCUAUCAGAAGCUCAAUCGCAAAAGAUGUAGUUGCUGAAUGUGACGGCUUGCCGAUUGCAAUUGUGACAAUAGCAAGCGCAUUAAAGAACAAAAAUGAGCAUGUGUGGAUAGAUGCAGCACGACAACUAAAAACGUCUGCUUAUACAGAUAUCUCAGGGAUGCAAAGAAGUGUGGUUUCAUCUUUGGAGUUGAGCAUCAUAUAUCUAGAAAGUGAUGAUGCAAAAUCAUUGUUCUUCUUUUGUAGCUUGUUUCCAGAGGAUUUUGAAAUCCCAAUUGAAGUUUUAGUUACAUAUGGAGUGGCUUUGAGGUGGUUCAAAAAUGUUGAGACAAUGAAGGAUGUUAGGCACAGAGUUUACACUAUUGUAAGUACGUUGACCUCUUCUUUUCUCUUGAUUUAUGGAAAACAUUGGUACAAUAUGGAAGAGUAUGUAAAAUUGCAUGAUGUUGUACGUGAUGUUGCACGUAUAAUAGCACCUAAGUACAACCAAAUAUUCUUGGUCAAAGCUGGCACUGAUUUAAAAGAGUGGCCAAACAGAGAUACAUAUGAAGAUCUCACAUGUAUCUCAUUAAUGUCUAAUGAUAUUAAAGAAGUGUCAAAUGUGAUGGAAUGCCCAAAGUUACAGUCUUUACUAUUGCAGGGAAAUUCUAAAAUGGUUUUCCCUAACAAUUUCUUUCAAGGCAUGAAAGAUCUUAGAGUUGUAGACUUGAGUGAAACUCAAUUAUUGCCACUGCCAGAGUCACUUUCUUUGCUGGCAAAUCUUAGAACAUUGUAUCUUAAUGGUUGCGAGUUAGGCGACUUAUCUAUUAUCGGGCAUCUAAGUAAACUAGAAAUUCUUAGCCUUAAUAAUUCUAAUGUUAGGGAGAUCCCAAUAUCUUUCAGUCAAUUAAUUCAUUUGAGGUUAUUAGCUUUGAACAAUUGUGAAGAGCUUGCACGAAUAGCACAUGGUGUCAUAUCUUCUCUGUGUAAAUUGGAGGAGUUGUAUGUUUUAAGAAGUUUUGAGCAUUGGGAUUCUGAAGGAGAUGAGGGGGGUUUGAGAAACAAUGCAAAGCUUGCUGAGUUACAAUCUUUGUCUAGAUUGACUAGCUUGAAAAUUAUUAUCCCAAACUUGAAUUUCUUAAUUGAUAAUGAUGUGUCGUUCAAAAACUUAUCAAACUUUGCAAUAAUAAUAGGUGGUGUAGGACGUUUUGAAAAGGUCAACUUUAUGAGUUUUUCAAAAGAAUAUUCAAGAAAAUUGUUGAUGUCAAAUGAUGAUAAGGUUAUGAUUUCAGGAUUGAUUAAUUGCCUAAAGAAUUUGGUAAUUGAACAAACGGAAUUUUUAGAAGUAGGCUGGUGUAAAUCAAUGGUAUAUGUAUUUGAUUGUGAAGUGCUUAAGGUGACAUAUGGAAAAACAAAGUUGCUUUCGUCAUUAAAGGAACUAUAUUUGAAAUAUCUGCCAAACAUGACACAUAUAUGGAAAGGUGAAACUCAAUACAUAAACCUUUGCAACUUGAAGAGAAUAAAAUUAUGGAUGUGCCCAAAGUUAGUUAAGAUAUUUUCACAAGAUUUGUUGCAGAGUCUCAUUUGUUUGGAAGAAAUGGAGAUAUGUAGUUGUGACAAUUUAGAGGAGAUUUUCAUAAUGAGAGAAGAAGAGGAAAUAAUACCACCAAGGAAAGAUCUCACCACAACCUCCCCAAGUUUGGGAAACUUAACUUCUAUAUAUAUUUUUAGUUGCAAUAAAUUAAAAAGCCUCUUCACCCCCUCCAUAGUCAAAAGCCUUGUGAAGCUCUGGAAACUUAAAAUAUAUGAUUGCUCAGCAUUGGAAGAAAUAGUCACAAAUGAGGAAGUAUCAUCAUCAUUAGCAAAGAAGAUUGUUUUUCCUAGUUUGUCCGAAUUGAAGCUUGUACAGCUAAGUAACAUUGGUUGUUUUAGCUCAAGCUCAUAUUCUAUUGAAUUUCCUGUUUUGGAGAAACUUAUGAUAAUAAAAUGUCCAAAUAUGAAGAUUUUUGGUUAUGGAGAACAAUUGACACCAAAGCUCAACAAAGUUAUGAUGAGUUCUACCAGAGCACGAUGGCUGGGUAACCUGAACUCCACAGUUGAGCAAUUGUUCAUAGAAGAACAAGAGAAAAUAGCAAGGGAACAACUAAAUGAAGAAGAAGAAGAAGAAGAAAAAGUGAACACCUAACUGAGACAAUGACAAGAUUGAUGGAAAGCUAGUAGCGAGACAUGUUUCAUAAGCUCGUUUAAUCAAGGCGAAGGAAGAUCUUCCUGUUAAAAUCAACGGCCGCCUUAGGCUUCCCGUCGAUACCAUCUGCCGCAACCCUAAAGGCUUUGAGUUCGACAAAGAAGUGUGCUCAUGGCAGUGGGGAAUACAGAGCAUGGAAUUGUAGCAGGAAAAGAAAAGCAGAUAAGUUGAUGAGGUGGGCAGUUUCAGAUUGGCAAGGUUGCACGCCGAUAGAAACUUAGCAGAGGACGCACUUGUGCUUGUUUAUGUAGGGAAGAUGCAUAUAUAUCAAGGCUGCCUGUAUCUAUCAUACGGUCCUGGUAUCAGCAAGAAGGUUACAUGAAGUCUAUGGCUGAAUUUAUUAAGAAAGAGUUAGAGAAGUUCUCUAAGCUUGAUGAGAAACCAGAUGAGGAGUGCAGAAAGUUGAAAAGCCAAGGAUUUGGUGACGAUCAUACUCUGGCAUACCAGUUUUAUGAGUGAGCACAUUGAAACACUUGAAGAGAUUGGCAUGAAGGCUCUUGAAUCCGGCAUUCAAAACUGGGGACAUGUACACGCCCUCAACUGCAUGUCUUCCUUCAUCACUGAUCUGGCAGAUGUAGUACUAGAAGCCUUACUUUCAGCAACCGCUAUAUCUUCCUCAAGGAACAUCUCCAAUGAAGAUGACAAUGACUUUGUGAGAUAUGCUAUCAAAAUGUUCUUCAGUUCUAUAUUAGCAUUCUGUUUGCUUCUGUUGCAAAAAAAUGAUACUUGCAUUCAAGAAUAAUUUCCUUUAAAGGCGAUUUAGAGUAGUAUGACACCAGAUUUUCAAAAAAGUAGAAUAGCAGCUGAGUAUCAUAUGAACUGGUGAUUUCAUAGUUUGAUCAAAAUGGCAUGACAUGCCAGGGAUUUUGUUUGCUGCUGUACCUGAAAAUGGGGAGCUUUUAUGCAGUGAUGUUACUCUAUCUUA